AUGUCUCUAACGCUGACGAAGGCUUCCAUCGUCUUCCUAUACCUACGGCUGUUCCCAACAGCAAAUUUUGUCCUCGCUGCAAGGAUUAUUCUCGGGAUCAUCGUUCUAUACGGGCUGUGGACAGUCAUCAGCGCGUUUUUAAACUGUCUACCUGUGAACUCUUUCUGGGACAUGUCGGUUCAAGGACGCUGUAUUCCAAAAGGGUUCUUGUGGUUCUUCAAUGCUGCGAUGAAUAUCCUAACAGAUCUCUGUGUCUUGGUGCUACCUAUUCCUGUGCUGUCACAUCUCCGGCUACCACGUCGGCAAAAGAUCGGAGUGAUAUUCAUCUUUGCAACUGGAGGAUUUGCCUGCGUUACGAGCAUGGUCCGACUAAACUACUUGACCAGGGCUACACAUACCACGGAUUAUACUAAGGACAACGGUCCAAUCGCUGUGUGGUCCCAGAUCGAACUUAAUAUGGGGAUCAUAUGCUCCUGUCUUCCUCCACUCCAACCGCUUGUGACCAGGGUAUUUCCCGGUCUCCUCGGUUCGGUGUCCCAUUCGCGCGGCAAUGCGAACAAAUACAAUGGCUACCCGAAUUUCGGUUUCAAUGAGCAUGACAGCGGGCCGCAUUCGUCUGUUAGUGCUUCUAGGAGUAAGGACAGGGCACACCGUAUGGACGCUAUCACUAUCACUCAGGAGCUACGUCUCGAAUCCUCCGAUCACCAAUACGCGGCCACUGGUGAGACUGAUAGUGAAAGAGGUCUGGUGCUGCAGAAUUUGGCACAAAAGCAUUCGUUUUCAUGA